AUGCUCUCCCCCUCUCAACUGCACAAAUACCGCCCGUUACCGGUACACACAUGCAAGCUUCACUUUGUCGUUAUGUGCAAUCUUCUCUUUGGUUUAACAGUUGCCGCAGAGAGCAUCGAUCCAGAAAAAGAUGAUGAGACACAACUGACUGUGACUCCCAAGAACGCCGAACAACGAGAGCGUCUUUUGACGGUGCUUAAGCCGACCUUCCUGUUCAGGUCGCUGGACGAGGUAAGUGUGCAGUAG